AUGCUCCAUCAGAUCAUUGGUCAGGCCAAGAAGCAUCCAAGCUUGAUUCCCCUCUUCGUAUUUAUUGGAGCAGGAGGUACUGGAGCAGCACUGUAUGUGAUGCGUCUGGCAUUGUUCAAUCUAGAUGUCAGUUGGGAUAGAAAGAAUAACCCAGAACCCUGGAACAAACUGGGUCCCAAUGAUCAAUACAAGUUCUACUCAGUGAAUGUGGAUUACAGCAAACUGAAGAAAGAAGGUCCAGACUUCUAACUGAAAUGUUUCACUAUAAAGCUGCUUAGAAUGAAGGUCUUUAAGAAGCCAUCCGCACAAUUUUCCACUUAACCAGGAAAUACUUCUCCUUUAAAUGCAUGAAAUCAUGUUGAUUUAUUAGAGUUUUU